AUGGAAGCAACUAUACUUGAUAAUGCUGCACCAACUCUAGUGACUGAUUUACGUGGAAUUUGUAAAGGCGAUCAUUAUACUUCAUUAUUUGAUCCUUUAGAUUCAUACGAAGCUGCUUCAUUACAUAAUCAUCUCAUAAACAAUGCUGCUGCUCCUAAAACAAAAGAGGGUACAGAAGAUGAUUUUAAUUAUAUAAAUUAUAAUGUUGUUGAAAAUAUUAAUAAUAUUAAUAAUAUUAAUAAUAAUAUUAAUCAUAAUAUUAAUAAUAAUAUUAAUAAUAUUGAUGAUAUUAAAAAUGAUAAUCAAUUUGUCGUCGUCGUCGAUCCUUCAACCGAAGAUAUUGUAGAUAACUCAAAAAAUAUAGUUUUAAUUAGUACAAUAAGGGAUGUAACGAACUCAACAUUUGUGGAUUACGUUCUUAGUGAAGUUGAUAAACGUAUUACUAUAACAUAUGAUGUAAUGGGUAUGAUAAUUGAAGUAUCGAGAUCUUGUAAACAUAUUUUAGGAUUUGAUUCAAAUGAAUUAUUAGGAAUUGAUGGUUAUUCCUAUAUACAUCCGGAUGAUGCUACGGAAGUUAGAAUGUAUCAUUCAAAACGUGCUUCGGAACCUUAUGGUAUAACUCUACAAAGACAAUGCUUUCGUCAUAAACGAAAGGAUGGAACUUAUUGUUUAUUAGAAAUUUGGUCACAAGGAAUUCAACAAAAUGGGGCUUGGUCAUUCGUAGGUUUUGAUAUUACUGAUACAACUGAUCAUAUUUUAGAAAAUCGUGGGUUAAUUCCAGAUCAAGCAAUUAUUUGUCGUAAAUUGAUAUCUAAUUCUGUCGUCGAUUCCGAUUCACAUAAUGAUGUGACCAAUAAUUUCGUUUCAUUUAUAUGUCACGAACUUCGUAAUCCAUUAAAUGGAAUAAUCGGUUACACGACAAUGAUUUUGGAUACUGAAUUAACAAAACAACAACGUGAUUACGCUGAGGCAAUUUCUUCCAUAAGUAAUCACAUGUGUAACAUUCUUAAUCAAUCUCUCGAUUUAUGUCAAACUCAAUCCCAUGGUACAUAUAUUUCCGAAAUAGGUCCUUUACGUUUAAGUGAAGUGGUGGAAUUUUGUUUUUUGACCGUUACCGUAUUGGCCAAAAAUAAAGGAACUGAAUUAAGAUUAAAAGAUAAUUUAACAUUUUUACAAAAAAUUUUAAAUAAUAACCAAAAUAACGGAUCUGGUUCGGUAACGGUUAUACUUGAAAUUGAUGAAGAUAAAUUACCAGAUGGAAAAGAUGGUUUUAUGGCAAAAUGUUCGGUAGAAGAUACUGGUCCGGGUAUUCCUCAAAAAAAUUUGAAACGUCUUUUCCUUCCUUAUUCUAAAUUGGUAUCGUCAUUUGGUUUAGGUUUAUGUAUAUGUAAAGAAUUGGCUGAUAAAAUGGGUGGUAAAGUUGGCGUCGAAAGUAUGGUCGGGAAUGGUAGUAAAUUUUGGUUCACGUUUCCAAUUUAUACUUCUAUGCCUGAAGAUUUGGAUGAUGAAAAUGAUUCAGGAAUAAAUGGAAUAUUUAAAAGACGACGAAUACCUACAUCAGAUAAUAUUACAUCAAUACGUUCAUUAUCAACAAUUUCAUCAGGACUUUCAUCGGUUGGGAAUGAUAUUAAUAAAUUUGGUUGUUCACGUAAACGUAAAAAACCUACAAAAGUAUUAAUGGUAGAUGAUAAUGAAGUAAAUCAACAAAUUGCUAUGAAAUAUUUGGAAAAAAUGGGAGAAGAAGUUACUAUUGCAGCUAAUGGUGUCGAAGCAUUAGAAAAAAUGAAGAAUAAAUCUUUUGAUAUUCUUUUCGUUGAUCUUCAAAUGCCGUAUAUGGAUGGAUAUACUUUGGCACGUCUAAUAAGAGAAGCAGAACGAAGGUUAUCACAAUGUGAUUCAAAUCGAUGUUCUUCAUCUAGAACAAUAUCAUCCGGACAAUCUACUCAAACGGAUUUACCAUCAAUACGUGAACAUACGAACAUUAUUACUAUAAUUUCUUUAUCUCCACCAGUAGCGUGUACAGGUAGUGUUUUAGAUAAAGAAAAAGAUAAAUGUCGACAAUACGGUAUGGAUGGAUUUUUAACUAAACCAUAUCGAAUGGAAGAAAUGCGAUUAUGUAUAGAAGAAUUAGUGGGAAUAGAUGAUGAUGAUAAUAAUCAUGUACAGACAAAUCAUGAGGAUAAUCGUGAUGGAAAAUUAUGUUUAGCUAUAUAG